AUGUCCCGCAGAAGUUCUAUCCCCAGCCCAGGUGCAAUGGCCACUGCCGGCUCAAAGCGCGAAAACAACCAAAGUCCCGGUCAGCUACAGCAAACCAUCUUCACCUACGAGAAUUGCAAUACUGAUAUCUCGUCAGCCCAAGAUAAACAAAAAAUGCUGCUCGCUGCGGAUGCAGGGCACUUUAGCAUGAUCAGGUUUGUUGCCUUUGACAUCCCAAAUAACAACGCCAGCUCAUGCGACCUUCAUGAUAGGGCCCUUCACCUAGCGGACCUGAUCACAGAAUUAAAUGGGUUUUGCGGAGUAAUGUCGAUAUUUUCCUCCAUGCGUUACUGUCUCGGAGAUCCAUCUCAAUUCAAAGAUUUAUGGAUUGCAUUGGCGUUCAUGCCUUUUGGGCUGUUUUUCGACUUCAUGGACGGGAAGGUCGCGAGAUGGAGAAGAAAGUCAUCGCUUAUGGGUCAAGAACUCGAUUCUUUGGCUGAUUUAGUAUCGUUCGGCGUGGCCCCUGCCGCUGCCGCCUUUGCCAUCGGGAUGCGCACCGCCCUCGAUCACGUCUUCCUUACAUUCUUCGUACUUUGUGGCCUUACUCGAUUGGCUAGAUUUAAUGUCACUGUCGCCACUCUUCCCAAGGAUAAAACUGGAAAGUCGAAAUAUUUUGAAGGCACCCCCAUUCCCACCACCCUAUCAAUCGCGGCAGCAAUGGCCUACUGGGUCUCAAAGGGCUGGGUGUUAGAAGAUAUACCCUUUGGAGUAAUCGCACGCGGAACGUCCUUUGAAUUCCACCCUGUCGCGGCCGUUUUUAUUCUUUGGGGCUGCAUGAUGGUUAGCAGGACUAUACAUAUACCCAAGCCGUAA